AUGGCUUCCUUCUUGAACACAAUUAACGCGCGCACAAAGGGCCCCUUCAAACCGCGGUCAUCGCGCGGGACAUCCAGCUACCAGCUUCGAAAGUUUGCGGAGGAGACGUUAGGCAGUGGGAGUUUGAGGAAGGCUGUCAAACUACCUGAGGGCGAGGAUGUGAAUGAGUGGUUGGCUGUUAAUGUGGUCGACUUUUACAAUCAGAUCAAUUUGCUAUAUGGCUCCAUUACGGAGUUCUGCUCGCCGCAAUCAUGCCCCGAGAUGAAAGCUACAGAUGAAUUCGAGUACCUCUGGCAGGACUCCGAGAACUACAAACGACCAACCAAAAUGUCCGCCCCGGCAUACAUCGAACACCUCAUGGCCUGGAUCCAGGGGAACAUUGACAAUGAACAAAUGUUUCCCAGCCGAACCGGCGUCCCCUUCCCAAAGACAUUCCCCUCCCUAAUCCGACAAAUGUUCAAACGCCUUUAUCGUGUCUAUGCCCAUAUCUACUGCCAUCAUUAUCACGUCAUUCUCAAACUCGGCUUGGAGCCACACCUCAACACCAGUUUUAAGCAUUAUGUACUGUUUAUAGAUGAGCACAAUCUGGCGAGUGGGAAAGACUUUUGGGGUCCUUUGGGGGAUUUGGUGGAGAGUAUGUUGAAGAGUGAUUAA